AUGACUCCGCUCCAGCAAACUCCUGAGUACCAACGCUAUUAUCACACUACGCUGAACAAGAGACCAUCCUCACCAGCUACGUACUCCUUGGGCACUUCAAUGGCCGCACUAACUUUCAACUUUGACGAGCACACUGGCGAGGUGACGGUGAACGGACAAAGCUGGCAUGAAGUUCCUCAGUCCGAAAAGUCCACUUUACUGAAGACCCUAUCCGCAUCACAGCUGCUCAAAGCUGUAGCAAGCGACUCAAGAGCAAGCCAGGAUAUUCAGACCAUGGAGGAUGACAUCGCUUCCUACAUUGUGCGAGUCCACAAGCAAGCGCUCGAGGAUAGCAUGACGUCCUUCGAUUAUUGGCAUCUCUCACUCCUCGACGCUCUCAAGCACUGGCUCGAACACAAGGACCUCUGGAUCAUCGAUGGCUUUUUCCGCGCGGCUGACUUCGUACGAUGGUACAACGGAUUCCAGGUCUUCCUCGACUACGAGCCAGUCGACCGUUACGUCCAAAACUUGGUCCAUAUCUACAUACAAGCCCACACAGACAUCUCUGUUAUGGCAGAUGAUGUGGAGAGAUUGACAGAGAUGUGCCGUGCGAUUGAACUUCCCACGCGUGCUAGAGCAAAUCGGUCGCACGACAGCAAUAACGACGUUGAGAGGAUCAAGAAUGGCUACUUGGGAAGCUGA